UCCACAUUCAAAACGUUUUGACGCUCCAAGAUGGGAGAUUCAGUGUAUGUUAAAAAACUCCCAGCUCCACGUGAAGUUUCACCACUUAUACGAACAGCACGUUGGGGAUUGUUAGCGAUUGGAGUUGUUUAUGGAGCAUUACGUCUAAAAUAUCUUACAAAAAGAGAGAAGAAGAUUUUCGAACAUGACCGUGCAAUCAUAGAAAAAAGAAUUAAAGACUACAAUGAACGGUUUGCCUUAGAGUCACAAAGAUCUUUGAAAGAGUUAUCUGAAGCAACUGGUGUAAAGUUGGACUAAUAGACAACAUAAUAAACUUUAGAAGUUAUUGUAAUGCGAAUCGCUUUCAGUUUUUAGAUAUAUGAUUGAUAUAU